UGCAGUGAUUUCAAAAUAUUCCGCAGAAUAUUACUUUUCCGUACAUACCUAGCAAGAGAUUUUUCGGGAAAAAAGCGAUCGAAAGUAACUGAACAGAAGAUUCAGUAAUGACCAAAUCCCGAAUAAAAAAAUGUGUGUUUGAAAAUAGAGAUAAAUGGAAUACUUUACUCAUAAUUUCAAAUCAUUCACUUUGCGUUUGAUUUUUUAUUUGCCGUGCAAAUAACUUCGUCACGCUUCGUUCAAAACAUAAUCAAAACCAAUGACUGACACCGAUGUGAUAGUGAAAGUGUCUAAAUGUGCCAUAGAAUUCGAUCGAAGAUCGUCAUAAAUCCAAUAAUCAUGCUAUAAUAGCUAUUACGUAAAAAAUUGUUUGUCGCCUUGACAUCAAAAUGUUUCUGAAUAAAGCGCCUAUUUAAACAAUUGCAACCGGAUAAGCAAUAAACGUGCCCAUUUGAAUUUCUAAGGCGCGUGUAAAUGAUUUUGUAUGGUGGGAAUGUAUGAGAUAAUUUUUGUUAUUCUAAUUUAUUUCAAUUGAAUAACAGGCAAUGCGAACAAAACACUCGAUUAAACUCAAUUUCAAUUUAGAUUUAUUUUGGAAUAUGGACGUUCCAGAAGAAAAGUAAUCAGAGAUUCAAAUACGCGCCUUUUGAUAUAAAAGUUCAAUUUUUUUGCUUAUCAAGAAUGAAGUUUUUAUUUGUGAUUGCCAUUUUCUUGGGUGGAAAUUUAAUCGCCUUGAAUGAAGGUUUUCAACAUUCCGCAAAUAAUCCAAUAUCGUCAAUUUCCAAUCCAUUCUUUUCAAAUCUGCACUAUUUCGCUUACAUUGGUAAUUUGACGGCUAUUAAAAGGCUUAUUGAUCGAGACGAAGAUAUAGACUUGGAUCUUAAGGAUGAAGACGGGGAUACACCGAUAACAAUUGCUGCUAAAAUGGGUAAUGUUCGAACGGUAAAAUUGCUAGCUACUAACGGGGCCGAUUUGAGCAUUCCGAAUAAUAUGGGCUCGACGGCGCUUCAUGCUUCCAUUGAAGAAGGAUAUUCAAAUGUAGCCAAGUUUUUAAUCGAUUAUGGUGCAAAUUUAUGUGGAAAAAAUAACGCCGGUGAAACGCCCCUUUUUUUGGCAGCAAAACAUUUUAAAGCGGAUGUUAUUCAUGCAUUGGUUGAAAAAGGUGUGGAUGUUAAUGUAAAAACAAACACACGUGCAACACCGCUCCACUGGAUCAGCUAUUGGGGUGCAGUGGAUUUAAUGCAGUUACUUUUAUCACGUGGCGCUGAGAUAGACGCAAAGGAUUCAUUGAACAAAACACCUUUGUAUUACGCUUCUAGUCACGGCAAAGCGAAAGCGGCGAAACUUUUGAUUGAUUAUGGUGCUGACGUUAACGUAAGGAAUAGCCAACAAUUCACUCCUUUACACCGUGCUGCUCAACAACGUUCAACCGAUAUCUCAAAUGUUUUAAUUAAAAAUGGUGCUGAUGUGAAUGCGAAAAAUUUCCAAGGUGAAACACCAUUGCACUGGGCCGCAUUCUAUGGAUCACCGGAGGUUGCUAAGAUGCUAAUUAAAAAUGGUGCAAAUAUGUAUGCCACAAAUAGAAAGGGUGAAACGCCUGCUAAUCAUGCAACAGGGAAUGCAAGAAUGGUCGCAAUUUUUGCAGACGCCGAGAAAGAACGAGCCAAAUGGAUGUCUUGAAUCCAGAUAUUUUUUAUUAUAUCCAUCUCUCAUUUACUAAUUUUAAGUUAGUCCAUUACACGAAAAAAUGAUCUUUGAAACUAAUAUAAUUAAAUAGAUUUAAAUGGUGAAAUAAAAUUAUUUUCGUGUUAUUUA